AUGGCCGGGACUAGAAAUUAUGACUUUCUCAUUAAACUCCUACUUAUUGGAGACUCUGGUGUUGGUAAAUCUUGCUGCCUACUUCGAUUCAGCGAAGACUCCUUCACGCCAUCUUUCAUCACUACAAUCGGCAUUGAUUUUAAGAUCCGCACCAUAGAACUCGAUGGCAAACGCGUGAAACUACAAAUAUGGGAUACAGCAGGCCAGGAAAGAUUCCGGACGAUCACGACUGCUUAUUAUCGUGGCGCGAUGGGUAUACUUCUUGUUUAUGAUGUCACAGAUGAAAGAUCAUUUAAUAAUAUCAAAACUUGGUUCUCUAAUGUUGAACAGCACGCUUCGGAAGGUGUACAUAAGAUGUUGAUUGGUAAUAAAUGCGAUUGGGAGGAGAAACGAGCCGUAUCUACCGAACAAGGCCAGCAGUUGGCAAAUGAACUUGGAAUUCCCUUCCUCGAAGUGUCUGCAAAAAACAAUAUCAAUGUCGAUAAGGCGUUUUACAACUUAGCCUCGGAGAUUAAGAAGGUUAUGGAUACAUCGAAGGCAGAGCAGUCGGCUUCUCACGGAGUCACCAUAGAUCAAGGCAAUGGAACAGGAAGCGGGCUGGGGAACAAGUGUUGCUAA